UCUUGUUUAAAAAAAUUAGAAUUCCAGCCCAAUUAAAUUUUGGCAAUUCCUCCAACAGAAAAUUCCAAAUUCUGCUUUUUCAAGAAGCCAGUUCUUGCCUUCUCCAAUUCUUCUACGGAGGCCAGACUCCGCCACAGGCGCGCAAAGCUUCUAGCUUAUCCGGCUGCAAUAUCAAGUUAUCUACGCUUGUUACCUUCUUCUGAUUCACCAAAUCACCAAUUUCACAUUUCAGUAAUUUGGAUAUAAGGGGAGUGGUGUUUACACAUAUUUGGUCAUUGGAUUUUUGGAGGCAUAGCAUCGUCAACGCUUAUUUCCUAUUUUACUUCUUCUGAUUUCUGAAAGAUUGAAGGACUCAGACUGAGCUUCUUCAGCCCUUCUAAGGCCAGAUACAGUCAACCCACAGCACGCAGUCAGCCCUCGCGCAAAGCUUCUCUUCAGAUACCAGAAUAGGGAGAUUGGGACAGCGGAUCUGAAGCCAUCAUAGCUUAACAAAUUACAACACAGAACGUUGCAUACACUGCAUUGCUCUUAAGAAGAGCAUGCCGUUGAACUUGUUUUCUGUUUCUCUCCCCUCUUCAACUUUCUCUGUUAAGACGAAGAGAACCUGCCCUAAAGUGGGGGCAUACAUUUGUCCAACAAGCGGAACAAGAGUAAAUUGUAAAAGAAUGCAUCCCAAUUUCUCAAAAUUGGGUACAAGUCCCCUGAAAACCAAGUAUUUAUGUUCUUCAGAGCCGUGUUUCAGCACUGCAAAUAGUGGAAUCAUAAUGAACACGCAUCGUGUUGUUGGAGACAAAGAUGGACUGAUCAUUGUGGAUCAUGGGUCUCGUCGCAUGGAAUCAAACCUCAUGCUAAAUGAGUUUGUUAAUUUGUUUAGAGAUAAAACUGGUUAUUCAAUUGUUGAGCCUGCUCAUAUGGAGCUGGCAGAACCCUCUAUAAAAGAUGCAUUCAGUGUGUGCGUUCAAAAGGGGGCAGACCGGGUGAUUGUAUGCCCAUUCUUUCUCUUUCCUGGAAGGCAUUGGCAUCAGGAUAUUCCUCAUUUGACUGCUGAAGCUGCUAAGGAGCACCAGAACGUGUCAUACAUUAUAACUGCACCUCUUGGGUUGCAUGAACUACUUGUGGAUGUCAUGAAUGACAGGAUUAAACACUGCUUAAGCCGUGUAGCAGGAGAAGCAGAUGAAUGUGCUGCCUGUAUUGGAACAGGGAGAUGCAAGCUGUACUAGUGUUGGUCUAUUCAACUGCAAAUAAACAGGCAUGCAAGUUGAUUUUGCUCUGAGAUUGAGACUUAGAGAAGUGAUGUGAUCUCCGUGAAGAAACAAAGCACUUUUUUUAUACAUUGACCAUGUUAUACACAUCUCUACCUCUUGAGAAAUGCACUUUCUUUUUAGAAAGAGUAGGGCUAGAAAAACAUGUUAUUAGUACAUUGUGUGCCUACAUCUGUGUGGAAGGUAUAUAAUGGGAGAUGAAAACAUGUCAAACAAAGUGUAUUAAAGGAAUGUAGUCCUAAUUUAUUGUUUUACAAAUAAUAGUACCUGCGAAAACAUGUGUUGUUUUAUACUCGUAGUUCCAAACUUUAAGAAACAAUAAGAUUUAAGCAUGAAUACUUGUUCGUGUAACUGGUCCUCUGGUAGCCACA